AUGAUGCCACCCACCUUUGUCUGGACGGACAACUCUCUGAAGUGGAAUCCCUCGGAUUACUCAGGUAUAGAUCGAGUGGAACUUGCAGUGCUGGAGCUAUGGACCCCUACGGUGAUUCUGGCGAAUAAGGCUUCGGGUGAUGGCCCCUUGCAGACGUCAAUGCCUGUCACAUUAACAUAUGAUGGUCGUCUUUUCUGGCAGAAUGCGAUGACAGUAUCUGUCCUUUGCAAAACAGAUCUGAGAAAAUACCCGUUCGACAGUCAGAUCUGUCCAGUGGUGUUGUUUUCUUCAGGAGUGGGAUACAAGAUCACCCUAGAACCAGAAAUCACUAUUGGCGGUGCCGACUUGAACCUGCAAACCAAUGGGGAAUGGGAGACUGUAAACAUUACAUCAGCUAAAGCAACUUUUGUGCAUGAAGCCACUUACCAUCUAGCCACAUUCUACAUUCAUCUGUCCAGGAAGUACUUGUUCCACGUCUUAAACCUGGUUUACCCAAUGUGUCUUCAGUCUGCCCUCAACAGCUUCGUCUUUUUAUUGCCGGCUAGCUCGGGGGAGAAGAUGGGUUUUGUCAUGACCGUGUUUGUGUCGAACGCCCUUUUCCUCAGUGUAAUCCACAACUCCACAUCCUCAACUUCUGAUUCUGUUUCCAACCUCUCCAUGCACCUCAUCAUGGUCCAGAUCCAAGGUUUUCUCGCCAUCGCUGCCACCAUCUUGGUCCAGAAUGUCCACCAUCGCCGCCAGAACGUCCAGGACAACGAAGACCCCCAAGGAUGGAGACAGGUGAAGGUCACGCCUCAGGACGACACUGACCGUGUCCCUUCCGGACAAGGAACUCGAGACGCUGACACUGUUACGACCAGGAAGGUGCCGCUGGACAGGAUGCUAGAUUGUAUUUUCUUUGUAUGCUUCACGUGUUUCGGCAUUGGCAGUCUUCUGACUCUUUUAUAUGCAUGA